AGCUCUGUCAAUUAUUUGAGGAUCGUAGCAAUUUUACCUUCUUAUCCCUCCACAGUAACUACUUGUCACAUCUUCCUCAGUGCAUGUUUAAAGGAAUGUAUGACUUAGAAACAUUACUUCUACAGAAAAACAGGCUCACAUUUAUCCAAAAGGAUGUUUUCAAGGACCUGUAUAGUUUAACUAAGUUUGAUAUAUCUAGAAAUGCACUAACGUACAUUGACUUGAGCAACUUGGAAAUAAUGAAACAUUUACAAUUACAUGGACUUUCAAUUUAUGGAAACAACUUUGAAUGCAAUUGUCAACUUAAAGGCCUUCGUAACUGGCUCGCGGAGAAAAUGAUGAAGAGGACAAAAAAAUUCAUUGUUGAGAAUUGUUCAAUGCCUUCCUACAAACACAUAGAAUAUGUCCACAAUUUUACAAUGACUUGGUUGGAGUAUAAUACCAUUUCAUUUAUCAGUGGUACAACAGUAAGUGGAGGUUUAAUCAUAUUCCUGAUCGUUGUGACCCUUGUGCUACUGAGAUAUUUCUGGAAGGACAUCAAGUACAGAAGAAUGAUUUUCCUUGCCAGGAAGCAUGAACAAGAUGGAAACAUGAAUGGCCCUCUAAUAGAACACGAUGCUUAUAUUAGUUAUCACAGUGAAAAAAGAUUAUGGGUUGACAAAGAUUUGUGUCAAGAACUAGAGAAUGGAAAGGACAUUAAGUUUAAACUGAUGUUUGAUAAUCGAAUAAUGCCUGGUGGUUCUUUAUUCACAUCAAUGGGCCAAGCCAUACACACCAGCCGGAAAAUCACUUUUGUGGUGAGUCGUGGUUGGGUGAAAGAUGCCAUGAAUCAGUUUGAGGUUGAUAUGGCCCUUGUUAAACUCCUAGAUGACUACAGAGACAUGAUUAUUGUUCUACUCAUGGAGCAUAUUCCUAAAGCUGAGAUGCCUGACAAAGUAAAAAUGAUUAUAAAGCACAAUAACCGUCUCAGAUGGAGUAAUAAAGAAAGGAAACAAGCAAAGUUCUGGAGGGAUCUCAAACUGGAACUAGGAAAAUAUCAUUUUGGCCAAAACAGAAGGAAUAGAUUGCUCUAAAUUGGUGAAUGAAACACAGAGAGGAUAGUUUUCGUGCAAUACAAAAUAAUUCACAUUUUUCUCAAAUAAGUGCAACUUGACUGUCUCGCUUCUUCCGUAAUAUUAAUUGACCUGUUGGUCUGUUGGUAGAACCAUAAUCUCGGGUGUGUCAGGUCACGGGUUCGAUUCUUGUAGGACUAGUAUAUCUUUUUGUACUUUUU